GGUUAAUUGACAAACUCUCUUGAAUUGAAGUAUAAGCUUUCUUGAUGCUUGAACCUUCGAAUAUUGAUUUCGACAUUUGGAAACUCUUCAAGGUUUUGAUAUUUGAUACUUUGAUAUACUUGUUUACUUGAUUUAUUGUUAUCUUAUUGAGCUACCUACGACGGACAAGGGAAUUGGAGAAUCGAAUGGCUCCAAGCCCAAAGUUUAUACACCACUAAGCUUUAUGCUUAGCGAUAAUUGUUUUCUAUCGUAGGUAAUGUACGGAAAGAGAUUUGAAGAUGGCCAUUUGGAGUAGACUUUUUAGGAGCCUUAGUGAAGAUCACAUUUGCAUAUGCAUCUAGGUCUUGUAAAAUUUUGGGGACUUGUACAUGAUCCAUAUGUAACACUUAUGUAUGAAAUUUUGGAGGCUUGUUGGACACAAGACCAUGUGCUUGUAACUUGAACUUGGUGACUCGUUUUGCUAUUUUAGGGUGUGCUUCCAACCCAAGUCAUGCCAUGUACCGGUUUACCUUUUGCCUUGUAAUUAUAUACAAAGGAAGAUACUAGUUUCUGUGAUAAUCGCAAGUUUAAGUUUCGUGUAUCUUAUGGACCCGCAGUAGUGUUGAUUUGAAAAUAGAAUUUCAAAACGAAGUUUCUUAAAUGUGUUGGCUAUUUCAGAAGGGCAUUACUAUUUUAAAUUGAUACUAUGAUAUUGUAUUUCAUCUAAGAAAUUUUUCGGAGGGUAUAAUGGAAAAAAAAAUGUCGCACUUUCAACCCUUUUUCGCAUGGGCCUAUUUCCGCUAUUAACUAUUUUUGUGGAUAUCUUUUGGCAUAAAUUUCUUCUAACAUUGUAAGUGUGAAAUUAGCUUUUGUUUCGUAAGUCGUAUCCUCCCAAAGGGGAUGCUACAGAGGCUCUAGAUAAAGUUUUUUUUUUUUUUUUUUUAUGGAGCUUUCAUGGCGGAGAAAGAUGGCUAUGGUGUAUCCAUGACAAGUUUCUUAGCUAUUUUUCACCGUGAUCUUGGGUGCAUUCGUAGAGGAUCAAAAUCAAUUUUUAUAUAAGUUUGUAUAAUUUUAUACAACAGUGUAAAUGUAUGUAUAAAUAUCUCUUAUACACUAUUAUACACUUUUAUACAAGGUUGAUACAUUAUCUGCGGUAAGCUUAUAACGUUGUAUAUUCUUGUAUAAUGUUGUAUAACGUGAAAGACUCUCAAGGGUAUAAACUAAAAAUAUGGCUACAAGAAUGUAAUAUUUUAUGUUAGAUGGCAUAUUUAUUGAAAUUAUCCCUACAUUCUUUCUCUUACUCCUUCGGUUUUAUUUCAUAUAUGACACUAUUUACUUUUAUAUAUUUAAUAUUAUAUUUUUAAUGACAUCUUUUUAUAGCUAGAUCAUAAAUUUUAAAAUUCAAUAUUUUUCUUAAAUUUUUACUCAGUCUAACUUGAAAACUUGAAAAUCGGAGAAGUAUAUAUCUUUAUCUUCAAUAAAUCAGGUGCAGUGUAGUAAAAAAGAAUAAACGUGUCCCCCUUGGCUUUUAUUAAGUGAAGACUUGAAAAGUCUACUAAUCUGUUAAACCAAUUCAACUACCACCUAUAUAUAUGGAGUAGAGUACAUACAAUGAUACAAAUCGGUUGACAUACCAACACAGGAAACUUGAACUUUUCAUAGCAAACUAAUUUCAUAAAUCCAGAAAGAAAGAAAAAACUGUCAUUCUCUUCUUUGUACUAUUUGUAUGGAUCUUUACCUUCUUAUCUUUAUUUUCUCACUUCCCAAUUGGCCCCUAAAUGCCUUAAAGUUUAACUAAUCACGUGUUAAUUUGUUGUUGAUUCAGUGACCCUUUUCUUUGUUUGAUUGAUUGGAACUAUUUUCUUGGAGUAUUUUGCAUGAGAUUCCUAGAAAUAACAAAAAAGUUAUGGAUAAGGAGACCGAUACUCGGAAUCAGAGAGCUCUGGAGACAGUAAUCACUAUCAGAUUGGAUCAAAAUCUUGAAAAUGAGGAUUCAGGGAUUGGUGGGAAUGAGGUGAUAGUGAAGGAUUUGAAGCAAGAGAAUUUUUCAAGUGUGAUUGAUGUGAAGUAUGAUGUUGAGGAAGGAAAAUUGGAGAAGAAUUUGGAUGGUGAUUUUGAGAAGGUGUGUAGGAUAUGUCAUUUGGAUACAUUUGAAAGUGGAAAAAAAUGGGUGGAUUUGAUCGAGAUUGGUUGUGGAUGUAAAGGAGAGCUUGGAUUUGUUCAUUCUCAUUGUGCAGAAACUUGGUUUAAGCUUAAAGGAAAUAGAUUGUGUGAAAUUUGUCAGGAGAUUGCAAAAAAUGUCACUGGUAUCAGCGACAAUAGAUUUAUUGAAGAGUGGAAUGAAGCGAGAUUUAUUGCAAGUGCUACUGGUUCAGCAGACCGAGAUAGAGCUCGCUGGCGUGGACAACCAUUUUGUAACUUGUUGAUAGCAUGCCUGAUAAUAGUUUUUUUGCUACCGUGGUUUCUCCGUGUAAGUUUGUUUUGAUGAGGUAAAUAGAGUUAACUGUUUCUUGCCUCAAAUCUUUUUCCGCGUCUUACAGAUAGCAAGGUUUUGAGUGUUUUUAGUACAUAAAACCAGCAUAACUUAUACCAUUGCUGCGUCUUUCACAUGAUCUGAGCUAAGUUCUUGGUCGAGUUUACCAAUAAUAUAGCCUUUUUCUGAGAUAAGUGAGAUUAUAUACUUCAGAUCUUCUUUUGAAUCUGUAUCAUUUUCUUAGUUUGGCUAUAUAAUAUUAUUGUUUAAGUUGGCAAUAACGUUUGACCUUUAGAUCCUGGAGUGGCAUGAUUCAUACAUCAUACAUCCAUCAUCCAUGAAACCUUCCUUUUAUUUAGAUGAGGAAAUCAUUUAUCUUUAUAUGAGAUUUUGAACAAGUUCUUAAGACAUGAAUUACAUAAUAUGGCAUGCUAUGAGCUA